CGAAUGCACAGGGAUUGCAGCAGCAGCAGCACCGCGAGAUGGAGAUCUCCGCUGUGUGUGUGAGUGCCUGUUCCCGGUGAGUGCAGGGACAAGAGCGAAUGAGUGUCAGUGAUGCUUGAAUGAGGUGUAUGAGGGAGACCAGGGGGGGAGAGAGUGGAAGGCAGGAGAAGGGGGGAUAUCAGCGAGGACCCUGUGUGGUUUUUGAGGCAAAUGUCUGUCUGCUUCUCUCCCUCUUUCAUCUCGAUAACCUGAAUCUUUGCCGGAUGUGCCACAACUACUCCAGCUGUCACUGCGCCGGCUGCCUCGCACUUGGUCCUCCCGCAGACUGUGAGAGCUGCUCCAGUGGCUGGACGGUACCCUGGCACCCACUGAAUACAUGGAUGAACACUGGCUCUGCGGGGGAUCUGUGCUUUCUCGUCCUUUGCACCUCUAAUCUGUUUGUCAAGGAAAUAUGGUGAGCAAAGAGGACACCACAUACGUUGUUCUCUCAAACUCAGAUGACUCAGAUUCAGAGACAGGCCAAUCACACCUUGAUACUCAGUCCGGACCGGAAUCAGGCAAGCCACAGGUGAAGAAGAGAAACAAGGCCCUACAAGUGCGUUUUAAAGAUAUCUGCGAAGCUCAGAAUGAGCAUCAGGGGAAACACUCCAGAUCCAUUUCCUGCAAAGUGACUCACCGAAAAUACAUGACCAUGCCUGCCAGACGCUCCAUUCCAAAUGUGACCAAGAGUACUGGUGUCCAGACAUCGCCAGACCUCACUAAGCGAUACAAGACUUUCCCUUUCGAGAGGAAAAAGGGACAUACGUUUAAACACACUGCUUUGGUGGAAGAUUACAAAGGACAGAACAAUGGGUUUUUGAGUGAUAUAAAGACGGCAGGAGAGGACGGACUACCUCUCGGAGAGUCGUCGAAGUGCAAAGGUAAGAUUGUGGGGCAGACAAAAGCGCUGCUUCACCACACUGAUGACAGCAGUGAUACAGAGGAUUUGCUUUCCAGUGCCAACUGUAUGGAUGGACCCUCGUGCCCAGAAUCGCAUUUCUCGGAAGAGGGCCAUCCGAGCAGCCCUCCUUCCAAAAGUGAACAAGAGCACCAGGUUUGUGGGACAAGGACCAAACACAAAGGAUUACCCAAAGAAGGCGUGGAUGCUGGCACGUCCUCAAAGCGUCAGCUGGCUAACUCCGAGUUUUCACAGGAGAAGUCAAAGGGAAUGGGCCCCGUUGCGUGGAACACUUUAACACAGGUGGAGUCUUUAGGAAGCCCCUCUGUGAGCUGUAAGCGGAAAAAGGGCACACAGUUAAACAAACAGCAGUCACAGACACUUCCCCAUAGUGCCAAAUGUUCUGUACAGUCACAAGGGCAGUGUCGGACAAGGCAUGUGUCAGCGUCCUCUAAACUCCAGCAAACAGUCGGGGGUGACGAGGGCUUUCCUCCAGGAGACACGAGAGCCCCAGGCAUGGGGAGCAGCCAGCAGAUAAUGCCCUUAUCAGGAGACAAGGAUAUCAAAGCACAGCUGCAGGCCAUGGAGAACCUCAUCAGCUCGAGCCAGGAAACCAUCAAGGUCCUACUUGGAGUUAUUCAGGAGCUAGAGAAAGGCGAAGCACAGAGAGAGGGGCUCUCCUACCGAACAGGACAAGACACAGCAAAUUGUGACACUUGUCGAAACAGCGCAUGCAUCAUUUACAGUGUGGAGCUGGACUUCAAGCUGCAGGAGGACAAGCUGCACCCCCUGAUGAGGAGACUGUGCCCCCUGGACAGCCCACAGUUCCCUGCCCUGCCUUACUCCAACGAAGUGUUCACUUCCACCCCGAAACGCAAGUCCAAGACAGAGUCCAAAAAGCACGCUCGCUGGAAACUCUGGUUCCUUUGAAUCCAACAUGAAGGCUUCGGAAAACGGCCUUUUUAUCGGGCACAUUAACACUCCUGUUAUUCUCUAAACGGAUCAGCGGAGUAUUGAGAAGGAGCAAUCAACCCAUGAGGAUGGAUAACGACGGACAAAGGUUCAUUUGAGUUGCGACUGCACAUCCAGUCAGCUGAGGGGACAGCAGACACAUAAAAGAAAAAAAACAUUUUUAAUUCUGUCAAACCUUUUUCUGGCUUGUGUGCUGGAGAGGUGUCGACACGCACCUGUGAAAAACUAGGUGAGCGUAAGGAUAUUUGUACAUGUAUUUUUUUAAAGCUGCGUAACGACGGAUGUUAUUUAUAUUCUGGGUUUAAUGCACCUCUCACUUUAUGUUCACAUGGUUUUAUUGCAUCCUCCAAUGCAAUGCACUUUUGGUCUCUCUCCCCUCAGAGCAUAUUGCUUGGCAACGAGAGGAGGCGCCAUGUGGAGAGCCUUUUAUGAGUGAAGCUAUAAUCUUUGAAUGGACAUCCGCCCGACCUCCGGCAAAGCACAAACAUUUGACUAUUGACAGGAACAUGCGUAAAAAGACUGAAACACAGUACAGUACAUGACAGUGUGUCGCUGCUGUUCUUAUAAGCCCCGUCUCCUCCCUCCCCGUCCCCCUGAUCUGUUCACAUCCUGCUCAGUUUGUGCGUCUGACUGAACAUCUGCCUGCUUUUGUUAAUAACCCCUGUCUCCUCCCCCUCUCGCUCUAUCCCUCCCUUUAUCUCUCUCCAUCCCUCGUUCCGUUUCACUGUGCUAAAACUGUGUCUCUUCCUUUUCUGUUGGCUACACUAACACAUUAUUUUCAGAAUCCAUAUUUAAAUAUAUCUUCUUUUUUUUGCAAAGUUGAAGAUGAAAUUUAAA